AUAAUAAUCUUGAAUAAUUUAAUUUCUAAUUUUAGUCUAAUCACGUGUUUUAGUGCAAGAUAAAUUGUAUCAACAACUUGUGGUGAAAGUAAUAACACUGACUGAACAUCUCCAGAUCGUAACCUUCAUUUUGAAAUUAUGUUUCAUUCGUUUAAGUCUUUAGUUAGAAGGAUUCACACCAACAACAUUUUUAAAAGUAAGAGAACGAUGGUUUCACCAAUGGUAUACAAAUUGGUACUCACUGGAGGACCAUGCAGUGGUAAAACGACAGGGCAAGCUCAACUGUCAACCUUUUUUGAAAAUAUUGGAUGGAAAGUUUAUCGAGUACCCGAAACAGCAACAACUUUAUUCAGUGGAGGCAUCCGUUUUCCUGAUCUAGAUGAACAGGAGAGUGAAAAAUUUCAAGAAAAUCUCCUCAAAACGAUGCUGGCUAUUGAGACAACAUUUUUCGACCUUGCUUCAACAUGUAAACAAAAUUGUUUGAUCAUAUGUGAUCGUGGUACAUUAGAUGCUGCUGCUUAUAUGUCCAGAGAGUCUUAUGAUAAAAUUUUGGCCAAUAAUAACUGGAAUACGGUUGAACUUCGUGAUAAUCGUUACGAUCAAGUUGUCCAUCUUGUAACUGCUGCAGUUGGAGCUGAAGAGUUCUAUAAUACUGAAGAUAAUCCCUGUCGAACUGAAGGUGUUGAAUAUGCUCGUGAAAUUGAUCGGUUAACCGCUGAAGCAUGGGUUGGUCACCCUUACAUCGAUGUAAUUGACAAUUCAACCGAUUUCAAAACCAAGCUUCGUCGAAUGAUUGCUGCUGUUUGUCGUCGUAUCGGUAUUGAUACUGGAGAUCGGUUAUCUAAAGGCAGUCAAAAAUUGAAGUUUCUCGUUGAGGCUAAACCGUCUCAUGAUAGUAUUUUCCCACCUUAUCAAGACUUCGAGGUUGUCCAUGACUAUCUUGUGACAAACAAUCCAAGAGUCCAAUCUCGCCUUCGUAAACGAGGACAAAACGGAAUCUGGAGUUACCAAUAUACAACCCGUCGAUGUGAUUCUCAAGACCAAGUUGUUGAAAUCAGGAGACAAAUCAAUCAUCGUGAUUAUAUUAACUAUCUGACACAACGUGAUUACAGUCACUACACUGUUUACAAAACUCGUCGCUGCUUCUUGUGGGAACACAUGUACUUUCAAAUGGAUAUGUACAAAUCACCCUGUCAUCCAAGAUGCAAUGGAUUGAUCUUACUAGAAACUUAUACCACUGCGAAAGGUGAUGUUGUCAGAGAUCAUUUGCCACCAUUUUUGAAAAUUGUUAAAGAGGUCACUGGUGAUCCAGCUUACUCCAUGUUUAAUUUAUCUCUGAAAGCUGAAUGGGAUAAACAAAAUUUCCAUAACACCGGAAUGAAUGUCACCAAGAACACUAUCGAUUCCAAUGGAUUUACCAUUCAUGGAGCUGACAAUUCAAUCGUGGAAGGCACUAACAACAACAACAAUAACAACAACAGCAACAGCAAAAACAAUACUUCUAUUAAUAUCACAAACAGUCGCAUUUCCUAGUCUCUUCUUUACCCUUUUUACUGGGUUUCUUUCCUUUCAAUUAUUUUAACUUCCUCUCAAUCAUCAUCAUUUCUUUUUACCCUUUAUCUGAUUUCUUGAAAAUUCACCUUUUCAAGCUAUUAUAACUCUCUUCCUUUAACAUUAUUUCUUAAGGUUUCUAUCACUAGAAAUAGUACUUACUAAUCCAAGACGAGUUUUCUCGUUAUAAUGAGUUAUUUUAUAAAAUCUCAGUUUCCCAAUGAUAAUCUCACUGAAAAUCAAGUCUAUUUACUCUUACCCUCAGCUUACUUUCAAUCCUCUCAAUCAGUUGGUUUCGUUCUUUCACGUCCAUUAUUUUAUCCUCUUUUAUUAAGACUUAUUAUCUUGGUUAGUUUUUAUCUCAUUAAUUUUGACCAUAUUUGUGCUCAAAAUUUUACAAACUUACUUAAAUUGAUCUUCACCUCUUCUUCCCUAUCAAUGAAAAACAAACAAACAUGGGAACAACAUAUCAAUUUAAAAAAUAUAUAUAUAUACAAAAGGAUCAUUAAUUUGUGAAUCCUUAUAUUGUUUCCUUUCCCUGAGUAGACAUGAUUGUAUUAUUUUUUUCUCUAUCUAUAUAAAGAGAAUGCAUCAAAUUUUUGUGUAAAAAUUGUGUCUAAAAGGAUUGUAAAAAAUUGAGUACUUAUCAAGAUCGAUAUUGAUCUUCAAUUACGAAAAAUAGCCAGAGCUUUCUGGGAAUUGUUGUUUAUUAAUAAUUACUGAGAAAAUCAUGUUGGAGAAACAGGACAAAUGAAAAAGGACUAUUCAAAGUAUCGUGUGAGGAGGAAGCACAUGAUUAUUCAACUUUGAAGUUUUUUUUCGUUCGUCAUGUGUUCACAAAAGAUUGAAGUGCUCUGUUGCAAAAAUAAAUCAAACUUGUUGGAGAAA